AGCUUUCUUUCUUUCUACCUAAAGGUACUCUCCGAACUAGUGCUACGGUCCUAUCGUCCUCCACCUCUGCCGCCUCCCACAUUGGUUACGUCCACCAACCCUUCACCGUCGACAUUCACCACACACCAACCGCCGUAACUUCUGGCUGCUGCCAUUCUCAUCCAGCGCCUCCUGUAAUCCCCCAUCUCUCCCUUUUCUAUAUCCUCUCCCCACAACCAUUCAGCAAUCGGCUCCUCCUCACACCUCUCCCUAUUCUCUUCACCGCAUCUUUCUCCUUUCAUUUCCUCGUCACCUCGGGUCUAGACACCUUUGGAAGAUUAUCUGCACAGUCACUUUGCAGAGCCUCAGGUAGUUCCAGGUAUACAAUAUGGUUGUCGCCACUAUCAAGUGUGUUGUCGUCGGUGACGGUGCUGUGGGCAAAACAUGUCUCCUGAUUUCGUACACAACAAACAAGUUCCCUUCGGAAUAUGUUCCUACUGUUUUUGAUAACUAUGCUGUCACUGUCAUGAUUGGCGAUGAACCGUACACUCUGGGACUUUUCGAUACUGCUGGUCAGGAGGAUUAUGACCGUCUUCGUCCCCUUUCAUACCCCCAGACCGACGUUUUCUUGGUCUGCUUCUCCGUGACGUCCCCCGCCUCCUUCGAGAACGUGCGCGAAAAAUGGUUCCCCGAAGUUCACCACCAUUGUCCUGGUGUCCCCUGCCUGAUCGUGGGCACCCAGACUGAUUUGCGCGACGAUCCCGCUGUCCGCGAAAAGCUCUCCCGCCAGAAGAUGCAGCCCAUUCGUAAGGAAGAUGGAGACCGGAUGGCCAAGGAAUUGGGCGCCGUGAAAUAUGUCGAAUGCUCCGCUCUAACUCAAUAUAAACUCAAGGAUGUUUUUGACGAGGCAAUUGUUGCCGCCCUCGAGCCUGCUCCUAAGAAGUCGAAGAAGUGCGUUUUGUUGUAACCGAACACACAUCUU